GUCAAUCGGCUUUCGUUGGGGCGAAGCGACUCUGCAUUCGGCUGCGCUUCUUCUCGCUGCAGCGCAGGAUGUCACACUGGUCUGCGCCGGGCGCUGACGCAAAUAGCCGCAGGAGGAAGAGACCAUCUGAACACCCUCAAAGCUCUCCACAGGAACAAGAACAGGAUGACCAGGCAGCCGACGAUGAUGGACAGCUCCACGAGUGCCCUGUCAAAGGUCCACAACAUCAAACAGCACAGUGUUGCUCUUCAGCCACACACCAGCUGAUAUGUCCUACCCAGUACACGACAAAAUACCUGUCAGCACAUGCGUAUCCAAACCAUCAUGCUUAUGAAGAAAGCUGGGAGGAGAUCCAAAGCAUAAGAACCAUCAGAGCCGAGAACAAAGUGGAAGCCAACAAGCUGGUCAACAACUACAGGUUUGGCUUUAGAAAAUGGAAGAGCCACGUGACCGAGCGUCCCUUUGAAGACAGGUCCGAAGUGGUGAAAGAGCUCUACUCAGAACUGAACGUCAUUAAGCCACAUAGUGCUGGUGCAGGCCAUCUCCUCACAUGUGGAAAUGUGACUUACGUGUUUCUAUUUGGUUGGUGGCUCUCCAUGAUGUACCUGCUAGUGGGCGUAUUAAUGUUCCUCACUGUCAUCGGUGCACCCUAUGGAAAGCUCUGCUGGAAGUUGUCCUGUUACUUCCUGUGGCCAUUUGGCAAGUUAGUUCAUCAGAUUAGACAUACAUUUCUCAGAUGUUGUGACGAAAUGCCUGACUGUGAGUGCAAUGUGGAGUGGAUGGAGGACAGCUCGCCGGUGCUGCUGCCGUCCCCCACCGAGAGUCCAGUCCCGGAGGAGCCGUCAGAGCGACCAGCGCACUCAAGCUACUGGUGUCGAUUCUCCACUUAUGUGUGGCUCUUGCUGGGAUAUCCUCCUCUGGUGAUUAUCCACUCUCUGGUCUGCCUCUUUUCCUGGAUCCUGGUCUUCACCAUCCCCGUAGCCAAGAUGAACGCGCGCACUUUAGGUGUCAUCCUUCUCUUGCCACCAGAGGAUGUGUCCGUGUCAGCCAGCUCGCAGAGGAAGUGUCAAGGCUACGAGAGCCGGACGCUGCUGUGCUGCUACCAUGCAGCAAACUGGUACUACUACAAGUACACUGUUGAUGGCAUCAAUGUAUUUGCUGUCAACCUCCUCCCUCUCGUCAUAAUUGCGCUGAUAAUCGGGUACAUUGACAGCGAUAACCAGUACGCCAGCUCUGACGUGAAGUUCGGCAUAGCAAUUGUCUCCAUCAUACCUCUGUCACACUACAUCGGCAUGGGCAUCGCCAGCAUCUCCGCCCAGAGUAACUUUGCCGUGGGUGCCGUCGUCAACGCCACCUUUGGCUCAGUCACCGAGUUGACUUUUUACAUUACGGCUCUGCUGAGGGGUCACCGGGCAGCCAACCCGUGCCUGCAGGAGGUUGUGAAGGCGGCGCUGACUGGCACGCUUCUCGGGUGCAUCCUCUUCAUCCCUGGCAUCUGUAUGAUAAUUGGAGGGUUGAGACAUUGCGAGCAAAGAUUUAACAGCCGCUGCACAGGAGUGAGCUCUGCGCUGCUCUUCAUCUCUGUUGGAGGAGUCUUCGCCCCCACGUUGUUCUCCAAGGCGUAUGGGAACUUUGUGUGCGAUGCCUGCACCAACUCCACAUCAGCAAACACUACAAGCAACAGCAGUGGCCCAUUUGUCUGCCACAACUGUCACUAUGAUGUGAAAAAUGGCACGCUGUUCCAUCACCACGUUGAGCCUCUGGUCUACACCAUUUCUGCCCUCUUGCCUGUGGCUUACAUCAUUGGACUGAUAUUCACGCUCAAGACACACUCCCACAUCUAUGACAUCCACGUUGGAGACGGACAAGAGAGCGGCCAAAACCAGCACGGCGGUGCUGUGGUUCACUGGUCCCGAUGGAGGUCUCUGUUCAUCCUCAUCAUGGCCACCGUCCUCACGUCUGCCUGUGCCGACCUCGCCACCGAGCACAUACAGCCCAUCCUCAACCAGCCCAAUCUCUCCCAGUAUUUUAUUGGGGUAACAAUUCUCGCCAUGGUUCCCGAGAUCCCUGAGAUUGUCAACGGGAUCCAGUUUGCACUUCAAAACAACAUAAGUCUCAGUUUAGAGGUGGGCAGUUGCAUUGCUGUGCAGGUCUGCAUGCUCCAGAUUCCAAUCCUGGUCUUGUUCAACGCCUUCUAUGAUGUGGGCUUUGUGCUCUUGUUCAACGACCUGCACCUUUGGACCAGUAUCUUCAGUGUCAUUCUGGUAAACUACAUUUUUAUGGACGGCAAGUCUGAUUAUUUUCAAGGUACAGCUCUGGUGGUUGUCUACCUAAUCCUAUUGGCUCUCUAUUACUUCGCUCCAUCACCAGCAGGCUGCUGACUCGGAGGACUGACAGUAUGUCGUUUAAAGCAACUCUACAUCGACACUACUCCGAAAAGUUAGGGAUAGAUGAACCUAAAAUGCAUGAUAACUAUAGAUUAAUGUUACCUUCUAUAAACAUUUAAAUUCACGUCCAGCUGUUUAAUAUUUCAAUGCUUUUUGCACGACUCUCUAUUCUCUCACGGUAAAAUUCACAACAGUCAAGUUUAUUUGAUUAGCCCUUAGUUGGAAAUGAUUGACGACAUCCCCUAAUCUAAACCCCCUAAGGAAAAACUAAAAACCCCAUUUGGGAGAAAAAAAAGCUUGACAAGGGACCGCAGAAGGGGGUGAGGUGGAAGAGAAUCCCCCUUCCAUGAUGACCAGCUGCAAAUGGAUGUUGAGUGGGCAACAUUUAUCUCAUGGUAUGGUGCUGUACAAUGUUAGUUGUAAAAUGGCGUAAGAGUCUAUUUGAAGAGGUGCCACAGGUAGACGCCUUUGGGAAAGUGGUUCUGACUCAGGACCUGGCCCGGUCAGUUGGAGCAGAAUCAUCCAUUCAGUACAUUUCAGAGUCAGCUGUUUCGAGAAAGCCAGGUAGCGGAAUUGAGGAUGGAAAUCCAUCGUGCUGAAAAUAAAAUCAUAUUAUAAUUUCUAUUGACCAUUAACAACUUUCUGACUGACUGGAAAGCCACGUGUGUCAACACAAACAAUUAAUGUGACCCAAUAGCAACGACGUAAUAGGCUGAAUACUAUUAUAUCAUCAUUCAGUUAGAAUUUUUCACAGACACCUGUUGAACUGUUGCACUAAUGACUCGGAAGCAACGUGUGUGGACACAAACUAAUUCAUUCGACGCAAAUAAGUCAUUGGACGGACCCAGUAAAAACUAUGUAAAGUGAAGAAAUUAAUCAAAGGAAGCUUACCUUGAACGGCAAUGGCGUCUGUAUUACGAACGUCGGCGGAGGGUUAAAAAAUAUAGAAGAGAAAUAAAUUGAUUUAUAUUGAAGAGGAAGAAAGAGAGAUAAAAGUAGUGAAAGACCACAAAGACACACAAUUGUCAUUUAAACGACUUACUAUUUAGAGAGGGCAUCUUUUUCCUUGGCACGUUGCUCCGUCAACCACAACCCCUUGGGCUUUGCCCUCGUAGGGGGUACAAAAUGUCAUUCUUUGCCUGCCGGCUGUUAUGUAGUUGCUAUGACCGUACGCAGCGUGGAGCUGAAGGCCACACUUUUGGCACACCGACAUCUUAGGGCGAGCUGACGCCGCCGACUCCUCUUUGCUGAGCAACCUCCACUUGGUCGCGUGGGCGAUGAGGGGUUCCCCGCUGGACUCCAGCCGCUCCCGGAGCCAAUCUUUGGCCCUUUUGCCGUCCCGGUGUUUGGCAGCGCACUAAAACUCCCCCACGAAGAAGGCUUGCUCCGAGGCGAGGGAGCUAUUAAGUUAUUUCUUGAUUGAGAACAGGUGUGGCAGUAUCAGGCCUGGGUGUGGCUCGAGAAAUUGAACUCAGGUAUGAUAAACCACAGUUCUGUUUUAACAGGGGGGGCUAUCACUUUUUCACUCAGGGCAAUGUAGAUUUGGAUUUUCUUUUCUCCCUUAGAUAAUAUGAUUUCAAAAAAUAUUUUAAAACAUCAUUUUGUGUUUACUUGUGUCGUCAAUGACUAAUAUUUAAAUUUGUUUGAUGAUGGGAAACAUUUAAGUGUGACAAACAUGCAAAAAAAAAAAAAGAAAUCAGGAAGGAGUCUAACACUUUUUCAAAGCACUGUAUGACUAUAUCCAAGUAGCUAGUGUUGUAAGUCCCACGCUAGUGUCUCGGCCUAAUGCGAGUCAGCUCUCUAAGGCUAGCUUCAAUGUCAGGUGCUCUGGCCACAGGAAUACACAUUAUAGUAGCUGGAUUUUGCUUGAUGUUACGAGUGGAGUAACCUAUGACUAACGUGCAGGAGCUAGUAGACUGAGUAGGAAUGGUACUACCUAAAGGAGGGAAUCUGUUAUGCAUCUGAACAGGCUUGCUGCAGUUAACUAGCUGCUUGGGGCUAAUGCUAAAAGGACUAGUAGGUCGGUUACAACCUACACUAUCAGGUGCGCCUUCCACAUUUACAGUUACCAAACAGGAUGUUCUCAAGGGGAAGUGGCCUGUGAGUUAGAAAUGUUAGUGUCAUCAGCAGGUUGCUACAGAGAGACCGGAAGAGCCACAAGGCAUAGAAGUGGAUGUCUUCGGAAAUGUUCCUAGCUCAAAAUUGUGCUUUUAAGCACCUUUUGGAGAAGAAAAGAUUGUGCAAAAAGCACUGAAACAUUGAACAGUUGGACAUUCAAAACAUUAGAGGUGGUCAAUUUAAGCUUGCCCUGCUAAAGGUCAUAAUGCAUUUUAGGUUCAUCCUGAAAUUUCACUCAAAAGCCAAAUAUUCUUCACUUUUUUGUGUGUAUGUAAAUAACUGGACAAGAAAACAAACUGCUUCAAAGCCAUGGUGUGCAUCAAGUGGUGGACCAGCCAGGACACCUUUCAUGUUGUGUUAACCCGAGCAUAUAGUAGAUGCUAACGUUACAAGUUGUGUGGAGUGUUUGCGCAAGUAAAUUACAAUCCACAGCUGAAGAAUCGCACAUUAUUCCAUGAAGUUGCUUUAAAACCCCAAAAAACUUGAGUUCAUUACUCUCACUCCAUGUUUGAAAACUCACAACUCAAUACAUAAUAUACCAGAAAAGUUCAUUUCAGUAGUUCAAUUUAAAAAGUGAAACCAUUGUAAUCUUUUAAAAAUCAUGAAAUUUCACUCCAUGUAGUGAAUCUAAAAGUUUUCCCUUUAUGAAUUGAUUUGAACCACUGAAAUUAAGUUGUCUACAGUCCAAAUGUAUUGAAGUAAAACUGUUUGAGGUAAAUGUUUGGUCUUUGACUUGAUCAGUAUUUUUUUUUUUAAACUAGAGAUAAAUGUGCACUGAAAUGCUCUUGUUUUUACCUCAGUGUGUCAAAAUACAAUGUAAAAUUUUAAUAGAAAAAAACCCCCAUGACUGUGUGUGUGUGUGUAAAUAAAACUAAUAUUUAAAUAUUUUGAAAAAAAAAAGUCUGCCCGAGUUUUAUUGCACAACAGGAAUUAGAAAGAUUUACAUCGAAAUGCUCCUUUGAGUAAACAUUUAUGUACAGUACAGUGACAUGCAGGAGAGAUCACAAACGUCAUAAAUAGAAGCAUGUCUGACACAAGCAAGGCCUACUUUGAACACACUGAAGCAGACUGGCUUCAUAUUAACAAAUGUAGGAAAGUGGAAAACAAACCAAAUUAAAUUUUAAUUCUGAAGAUAAACAUGUUCAGGUUUGAAAAAAAAUAAAUGUGCUUUUCAAAUGGUACCACUUUAUCAGUUAAAAAAAACCAACAUAAAAAAGAAUAAAUGUGUUCUAUAUUACACAUUCAGGAAAUAAAAUUUGGUUUAAAAAUAAGUAAACACAAAACAAGCAAACACAUCGUAAACAGCACAGUGAUUUAAAACAACUUAGUAGUAGUAGUAGUGUUACCUGCACGCAACCGGCACAGAGUCGAUCAUCGCGAGCAAUUUGAGCAUUCAAAAGGCACCAGAAGGGAAAAAAAAAAAAGAAAAA